UUUGGACACACCAUCAUGACAAUACUCACUGUCUCUAAUAGCAGCCCUCGGGAUCUGAAAACAUGGAGCCAUACUAAGGUCUCCUACUUCUUAGAUCUUUCUCCUAAGAAAAAUACAUCAGUAAAAAAGCUUCAGGAGAAACACCUUAGACUGAUGAUCUUCUCAUGGGUAACCUCUUUCUCUACGAUGGCCGACAGAAAGAGCAGCACCGGCUCUCGCUUCUCAGCCAGGAGGAAAGAAAGAGCUGAGCCGGAGGUGAAAAAAGAUGAGAAAACUCCUAAAGCUGGAGAGAAAUCUGAGGUGAGCGAGACGGAGGAGACGCAGGAGAACGGAGCGACCGCAGCCGCCAGCAAUGGAGAGAACGCUGAGAAACCAGAACCUAUGGAGCUGCCGCCCUUUGAGAUCAUCACCGGGAAUCGCAUCGAUCCGUUUUUCUUCAAGUUCCAGUUUAAGAACGUGGAAUACUCAUCAGGUCGGAAUAAAACCUUCCUGUGUUAUCUGGUGGAUCUCGGGCCCGGGGCCGACGGCCUCCUAAGAGGCUACAUAGAGGACGAGCAUGCAGGGGCUCACGCAGAGGACGCGUUUUUUCAGCAGAUCCUGCCCGACUGUGACCCCGCCCUCAAGUACAACAUCACCUGGUACAUGUCGUCCAGCCCGUGCGCCGCCUGCGCUGCCAAACUGGCGGAGAUCCUCAAGUCUCGGAAAAACGUCCGUCUGUCCAUCUUCUCCGCUCGACUCUUCGAGUGGGAGGAGCCAGAGAUCCAGGCGGGGCUAAACGCCCUGGUGGCCGCCGGCUGCAAACUCCGCAUGAUGAAGCCGUUGGAUUUCAACUACACCUGGGAUACGUUCGUGGAGAACGACGAUCAGCCGUUCACGCCGUGGGAGGACUGCCAGGAAAACUAUGAGUAUUAUCAGGAGAAACUGGCUGACAUUCUGCUGUGAGGGGGAUGACGCAGUGAUGAUAGCUGGCGUACGCUUUCCCAAAAGUGAAGAGAGAGAGAGAGAGAGUAUGUGUGUGUUUGUGUGUAUGUGUGUGUGUAUGCGUGUGUGUAAUUUCUACACUUUUAAAUGUUUACUAUUGAAUGAUUGUCUUUCAUACGAUCUGUACACUUUUCUUUGGUGCGUCACUUUUCAUAUUUCAUCCUGUUUUAUAUUCUGAACCUGUGUUGGACUUAAUACUCAUUUUAUAGAUCUUUUUUAUGUUCAUGCUGGUCAGAAUUAUACAAUUUUUAUUAUAAUUAAAAUAUAAUAAACUUUACUGUUACAGCUGUUAUGAACUAUUAGACACACAAAAUAAAAAUAA